AUGGAGAAGGCUCACCCCUACAGUAACAAUAGACCUGCGUCCGAAUCAGUUUACGUAGAGAGUUUCUUAACCAGCCCCACUGUGUCUACUAGUCCCUGUAUCAAAUAUCUACACGUCUUACUACACAACAUCUCUGACCACACCCACUACACCCCUAACCACACCCACUACACCUCUAACCACACCCACUACACCUCUAACCACACCCACUACACCUCUAACCACACCCACUACACCUCUAACCACAUCCACUACACCUCUAACCACAUCCACUACACCUCUAACCUCACCCACUACACCUCUAACAUCCACUACACCUCUAACCACACCCACUACACCUCUAACCACAUCCACUACACCUCUAACCACACCCACUACACCUCUAACCACAUCCACUACACCUCUAACCACAUCCACUACACCUCUAACCACACCCACUACACCUCUAACCACACCCACUACACCUCUAACCACAUCCACUACACCUCUAACCACACCCACUACACCACCUCUAACCACACCCACUACACCUCUAACCACAUCCACUACACCCUCAACCACACCCACUACACCUCUAACCACACCCACUACACCUCUAACCACACCCACUACACCCCUAACCACACCCACUACACCUCUAACCACAUCCACUACACCUCUAACCACACCCACUACACCUCUAACCACACCCACUACACCUCUAACCACAUCCACUACACCUCACUACUACCCUACACCUCUAACCACAUCCACUACACCUCUAACCACAUCCACUACACCUCUAACCACACCCACUACACCUCUAACCACAUCCACUACACCUCUAACCACACCCACUACACCUCUAACCUCACCCACUCACCACACACCUCUAACCACACCCACUACACCUCUAACCACACCCACUACACCUCUAACCACAUCCACUACACCUCUAACCACACCCACUACACCUCUAACCACACCCACUACACCUCUAACCACACCCACUACACCUCUAACCACACCCACUACACCUCUAACCACACCCACUACACCUCUAACCACACCCACUACACCUCUAACCACACCCACUACACCUCUAACCACACCCACUACACACCUCUAACCACAUCCACUACACCUCUAACCACACCCACUACACCUCUAACCACACCCCUCCACUCCACACACCUCUAA